GGCAGCUUCUACUGACACCAUCUCCGUCCAUUCAGGGGCCCGCUGGUGUCUGCCUCUGCUACCCGCAACCGCCACCGCUCUUCGCCAGGGCUUGUCGAUAUCAAGUCCGGGAUCCCCCAUGGAUUUGCCUACGGAAAUACUCGUCCUGAUAUUCCAAAAAUGCCCGUUGCCGGGCCUCUAUAUCGCCUCCAGGGCUUGCCGGAAGUGGAGGAGCUGCAGUCGCUCGAGGCUUCUCCGGCUCACAGCCCACAUCACCCGCAAGGGCAUUCUCCCGGACGACCGCACAGGUCGUCAUGUUCUACCGCUCAAAGCUCUCUCGGCCUUCAGUGGACAGCUGAGCCGGCUAAUCGCACCCUGGGGUGAUAUGGACCAGCAUGCCCUCGAUGGCCUCUGGCGCUGGUGUGGAGCCAGUCUCCAGGACCUGGAUCUUUCGACGAGCCACCGCAUCAGCAAUCUGCCGGCCAUGCCACUCCUCCGGUCGCUGAACAUCUCUCGCUGCUUUGGCUUUUCACCCGAAUGGAUUGGAAGGAUACCCGAGCUGUUUCCGAACCUCCAGCGCCUCGACCUUUCUGGCACACACACCUCGGACAAAUCCCUUGCGAUGAUGGCCGGCGCUCCGGCGGUCUAUGCAUUCCUGUCGCUCUCGCACUGCCUCAACAUCACCGAUCAAGGACUCCGGGUUUUGAUCAAGUCGGCCACCUUCUCUGUCGCCCACCUCGACAUCAGCUUUUCAUCGGUAUCCUUUGAGGCUUUCUGCGAGGGCGAGGGCGAGCAACUCGAUCCUCGCCUCUGCCGAAUCGUAGCCCGGGGCAGCGACUGGACGGGGCGGCAAUGCACUGCCCUGGGAUCCAAGGGCAUCCGGGUCGACGCAGAUUGGAAACUGUGGGAUGAUUCGGAGGAGGGAGUCCGGAUAUGGCUGCAGGCCAUCUGCUCGUAGACCGGGCGGGCAGGCUGGUCAGUGCGCCCGCUGGGAGCCGGCAAGGGCGGGCAUCCUCGAUCUGGCUCGCCCCGGGCCUCGAUCGUCCUGGGGAUACUGAUUGUCCGGGGACAUCGAUCGUCCUUGGAUAUCGAUCGCCGAUCGUACUGUGGAUGUUGUAGUCGACACAGCCGCUUGGGGAUCCC